AUGGAGGAUUCGGGUGAUCACAGCAGCACGAAUUCUCACAAGAGGGGGGUUCAUAAAAGAUCAGACAUUUUAAAUGAGGAUUACUAUGCCAGAAGUGAGAAAAGGCGCAAGCUAAAGGCUGCCAAGAAGAUGGGCGAAGAAGGGGAGUUCCCCCAAAACGUGAAGAGCAAACUGAAGGAGUACUACGAAAUGCGCUUCGACAAAAGAGUGAUAAACCUGCCAUUCAGCACAGACUCAAUAAACAUCCAACAGAGGGGGUUUCAUGAUUACAGUAAAGACAUGAAAUUAAAAAAAAAUCACAUGAACAAGCCAUUGUGGAUAUGCUCAGACGGUUUUAUAUACUUAGAAAUGUUUAACAGUUGUAGUAAGCAGGCAUCGGAUUUUCUCAUAACGAUUGCGGAACCGAUCUGUAGACCAGAAUUAAUUCACGAAUUUCAGCUAACUAUUUUUUCUUUAUAUGCAGCCAUAUCCGUGGGGGUUACCCUCGAUGAGUUGUUAGUAAACUUGGACAAAUUUUCGAAAAACUUUUUGCCAAACGAGUUAGUACAUAACAUUACCAAAAGUGCCGAAUCGUUUGGGAAGGCAAAAUUAGUACUUAGAGAAAACAAGUACUACAUUGAAGCUACAAAUAAAUCAGAGUUGGAUUAUCUAUUAAAAAAUAGCAUAAUAAAAAAUGCAAGGUUGUAUUCAAGUGACAAUAACAGUGACCAUAAAAUUAAGAAUAUGUUUACGCGGAACAAUAAUUUUCAGGAGAGUAAAACUGGUCAAGGUGCAGCUGAUAGUAGUGCACCUAAUAUUGGUGCAGCUAAUAAUCAGAGCAAUUUUUUAAGCGAAGCUGGCAGCGAUAGGAAGCCGAAGGAUACCUACGUGACGUACGAGGCGCCCGUCUUGGACACUGCUCAGCUGGGCUUCAAAAUAAGCGAAAGCGAAAAGCAGCUAAUGCUACAGGAGAAAAAGAAUGCGAAUGAAAAUUUAAACGAGAAUUCAGCAACGUCAGCUGAGGUUUAUUCAUUUGAAGUGAACUGCGAUAAAAUAGAAGAGGUAAAACAGGAGGCAUUGCAAACAAUGCAGAGGCCUCUACUAAUGGAAUACGAUUUUAGGAGAGAUAAAAAGAACCCCAAUUUAAUUUGCUCGUUAAAAAGUCAUGUGCAGAUUAGGUACUACCAAGAAAAGGCUUUGAGAAAAAUGUUCAGCAAUGGGAGGAGUAGGUCGGGCAUUAUAGUUCUUCCCUGUGGUGUGGGUAAAACGUUGACAGGAAUUACAGCUGCUAGUACUAUUAAGAAGUCGUCCCUCUUUUUAACCACAUCAGCGGUAGCUGUGGAGCAAUGGAAAAAGCAGUUCGAAGAUUUCACAAAUAUACAUCCAAGGCAUAUAAGAAUUUUGACUUCGGAUUAUAAAUUCGAUUUGUGGCCAAUUAACGAAGCAGGGGUGUUAAUUUCGACAUACACCAUGUUGGCAUACUCAGGAAAAAGGAGUGAACAAAGUUUGAAGAUUGUAAAUGACAUAAGGAGAAGAGAGUGGGGAUUACUCGUUUUUGACGAGGUGCAGUUUGCCCCAGCACCAUCAUUUAGAAGAAUAAACGAUAUAGUAAAAUCGCAUUGUAAGCUGGGUCUAACAGCAACCCUGGUAAGGGAAGAUUUGCUGAUCAGGGAUUUACAGUGGAUUAUUGGGCCCAAGUUGUACGAAGCUAAUUGGGUUGAACUGCAAAACAAAGGGUUCUUGGCGAAAGCCUUGUGCAAAGAAAUAUGGUGUAGUAUGCCCAGCUCGUUUUAUAAAUACUAUUUGAAGUCAAACAGCUUUAUUAAGAGAAGACUCUACACUUGCAACCCCAGAAAGCUAAUGAUGUGUGAAUAUUUAAUAAAAUAUCACGAACAGAAUAAUGACAAAAUUAUCGUUUUUAGUGACAACAUAUUUGCCCUUUUGCACAUCGCGAAAACUUUAAACAAGCCAUUUAUAUAUGGGAAGCUUUCUCCUAUUGAAAGAAUAGCAAUCAUCAACAAGUUUAAAAAUGACUCCAACAUUAAUACUAUUUUGUUGAGUAAAGUUGGAGAUAACGCAAUCGACAUUCCUAUUGCAAAUGUGGUUAUUCAAAUAUCUUUCAAUUUUGCGUCGAGAAGACAGGAGGCUCAAAGAUUAGGAAGAAUUAUUAGGCCAAAAAAUAAAGCUAAUGAGAAAAAAAACAUUAACGACCCGGACUCCUUCUUUUACAGCCUGGUUAGUAAAGACACCAUAGAAAUGUGCUACUCUGAUAAGAGGCAGAGGUUUCUCAUCAACCAGGGCUAUGCCUACAACGUCCUUAGUGACAACAUUGUCGAUUUUAAUAAAUUAAAUUUGGGCAAGAAUAGUAAAUUAUUUGUAAACGCAAAAACCACAGAGUGA